AGAGAGCUCUCAAAAAAAAAAGCACAGUCAUGGCUCGAUUAACGUUGGUAUUCUCCAUCAUCCUUAUGCUAUGCUGCAUUGCCGCAGCAUCAACUUUCGACGGCUCCAACCCUAUUCAGAUGGUAUCCGACGGUCUCCGUGGCUUCGAGUCCUCUAUUCUUAGUGUCAUCGGUCAUACUCGUCAUGUUAUCUCCUUCGCGCGCUUUGCUUACAAGCAUGGGAGGAAGUACGAGAGCGUGGAGGAGAUGAAGCUUCGGUUUCAGAUUUUCAAAGAGAAUUUGGAUUUAAUCCGAUCCACUAACUAAAAGGGAUUGUCUUAUACUCUUGGU